AUGUCUCGCGGCGGCACCACUCUUUACGUCACUGGCUUCAGCCACGGCACGCGCGCUCGUGACCUUGCCUACGAGUUCGAACGCUACGGACGCCUUGUCCGCUGCGAUAUCCCGGCUCCCCGGUUUGCCUUUGUGGAGUACGAGGACCGUCGUGACGCUGAUGAUGCGUAUCACGAUAUGCACAACAAGCGUAUCGGUCGUGACGACAUCCUGAAAAUUGAGUGGGCCCGCACGCCUCCCUCUGCUUCAUGGCGGUUCGAUUCUGGCCGCGACCGCGACCGCCGCCGCUCUCCGCGCCGUGGCGGUCGCUCUCCGUCUCCCCGUCGCCGGGACUAUUCGCCUCGGAAGGAUGACCGGCGAGACCGCGACCGCGACUACGACCGCGAUUCCCGCCGUGACCGUGGUGAUCGGUCCCGCAGCCCCGAAAACCGUGACCGUGAUCGCGACGCGAAGGACGACCGCGACGACCGUGACGACCGUGACGAUCGGGACGAGCGCCGCGAAAGUGCCACCAACGGCGACGACCGGAAGGGUGUGUAA